UAGUGGGCGUGGGGCAUUGUGGGAGGAGUUGAAGACUUAACGAGGAAACUAAGUUUACUCCUUAACUGAUGGAGAAGUUUGGUUUCAGUAUUGCUCGCAGUUUCUUCAAGUAAACUACACCUGUCUUCAGAUUUCUUUGGCGGUCAGCGAAACACACCAUGCUGGGACUGCAAUGGAAGAAGACGCAUCCUAACACGGGAGCAAGACAAUUUGUACCCGUCAGCAAUGAUUUUGACUCGCCUGUCGUUGCCGGGGCGUUUAAACGCCUCGACGUAGACUCAGCGGAAAAGUUCAAGCCUACUAAUGAAGGAUUCCAUCCAGGUGUCUUUGACCACAAGACAAAAAGCUGUGUCAUAGCUGAUGAAAAUAAACCAGAGGAUGAUUAUUAUGUACUAACGAGAGGUUCCAGUAUUCAGUUCGACUGGGUUCCACAGAAAGAUGGCAACAUUUCCACUGGGGCCAUCCAAUGUGGUUUCACCAGUGACGGAGAUGCUCUGUACGUUGGCCGGUUCAACUGUGGCGGGAGACUCCUUUGUGGACGGAUUAACCAAGACCUGGGGCAAUGUGAAGUCACUGUCCUUGGAGAGCAGUUCGUGUCCAACGAAUAUGAAGUCUUAUGCCUCAGAAGUGUCCCCAUCGGUUUCACGUAUAACAGCCUGUAUGGGCUUAGGAGCUCUCUCAUUACUCCUUCAGUUUGCCAUAUGAUCAGCAGUAAAUUAAGGAUCCAAUCAAACGACAGCGGAUCUCCAACUUUCACACCCCCGCCGACACCAGCCAUCACAAGGACAGUCACGUCAAGCCAAACCAGAUCCAUCACGGUGAAGAAAGUAAUUGAUCUUACAAAUGGCUCGUCUUCCCCACGGAGAAAAUCGCCGAGCCCUGAGCCUACGCCAGUCAUGGAAUCAACGCCCCUUCGUCCAAAAAAGAUAGAAUUUCCAGUCACUCCAGACAUCAUGGAAACUCCAGCCACUCCCGCAGCUAAUGACAGCUUGAAGUCCUCCCACAAAAAACAGCGAGAAAGCCCAAGCACAAAAUGGCAGCGCUACGGCAAAGGAUUUCGCUUAGUUCGAUCCCCUCUCAGGUUUAGCCCACUGAUGUAAAUUGGUCUGCUUUCUUUCAUACUGUUCUCUACAUGUGUCUCUGAUUUCACUUCUACUUUGGUAAUGCAAAAUAGUGAGAUGUAUUUUUCCGAUGUGACUGACUUUGAUGUCUGAAAAUGUUUGGGGUGGAACUGAUAAUACAGUGAACCUUAAAUCUUAAUUUGAUCUCGAAUAGGAAAAUAUUUAUUUAUACUUGUACAAAAAACGGUUCAGAUGAAAUGUUCAAUGAAAGACUAAACAAAUCGUGUUGCCACAUUAUGUCUCAUCCAUUAACACAGAGAUAACAAAUGACCUACCAGAGGGUAGACUAACGAUGAUGGUAGAAUUAGUAUCUCAGUUAAGUAUACUCAAAUAUUCUUUAAGCGUAUGCUUGGUUUUAUGAUAAUUGUCUUUGGCAGAAAAUCCAUUCAUUCGAAAAUGCAUCGAGUAUCUGAUCAGACCAAUUUGUUUUAAAAACGGAGCGCCAUUCAGUAUUUGCUUCUAUUUUGGAAACAUUUUUCUUUUAACGUUGAAUUUUUAUGUACAAACGGUGCUCAUGUGCUUUUUCCAUUGGUAACAAUGAGGUACUCUUGAAAACUUCAAUAUUAUAGUUGAAAUACCAGAGUAAAAGUUCGUAUCCUUGAGUAAUAGAUCAGGGUCAAACAUAAAGGUUAAUCAAUGUCGAAUCUUUUAACGAUUUCGUGUUGAUUGCAAUAUUGCCUUAUUGCAACUAAGUUGUACUAUAUUGCAAUUUAGUGUUCAUAUUCGUAAUAUAUAUUUUUACCUUGUACUGAAAUUACAGUAAUA